AAUGGCCUAUAUUCUGCCAAAACUUUCUCCAUCUCUUCUGCAGGCCAAAGACAAGCUCUUCCCCAUUGUUCCACCACUCUCAUCUGCUCCCAAUUGGGUUCAGACGAAGCUCGAUCCCUCUACUCUGCCUUGCAGUGCCGCACAGGUCAAUCGGACUUUUACCAGUGUGCAGGAUAAGCAGCAGGACCGAAGAGAUGAUUUCUAUGUCAAUUUAGGCUCGGCUGUAAGGAUACUCCGUGAAGACCUUCCUAUGGCAUUCUCCAAGGAUCUCGACUACAGCAUUUACAGGGAUAAUAUAACAUUCAAGGAUCCUAUAAACACGUUCCAUGGAAUCCAGAAAUACAAACUGAUAUUCUGGGCACUGAGAUUACACGGCAGAGUUUUGUUCAAGGACAUAGCACUAGAAGUUGCAAGAGUUUGGCAGCUGUCCGAGACUAUGAUUCUGAUCAGAUGGAACCUGAGGGGCGUGCCCCGAGUCCCUUGGGAGGCCGAGGGGGAAUUCCAGGGCACCUCCCGGUAUAAACUGGAUAGAAAUGGUAAGAUAUACGAGCACACAGUUGAUAAUUUGGCAAUCAAUUUUCCAGAGCCAUUGAAGCCUGCAGCAGCCACUGUGAUGGACUUGGUUCCAGGCCCCCCUCCCAGUCCCAACCCCACAUUUUCAUGGGGACCUGUGGUGGAGGAUCAUUCCAGUUCCUGGAUUGAGCUUUACAGGGCAGUAAAGGUAACUUUGGAUCAAAAGGAUGAGACGCCCCCUCGGAACUUUUGUCCAGCUGCCUCUUCAUAGCACAGGAGAUGAUACACACAAAGGGUCUAAACAAAAUCCACGGCUUGUAAACAGAUUUCCAGGUACAGUAAUAAAGCUUAGGAUGAUGUAAAUAUACAGGUGGAAAGAGAGGAAAGCCAUGGAGCAGAAUUCAGGGUGCCUUGUUGUCGACUGUUUGGUCAUUAUGCGUCGAGAAUGGAGAAGAAGGAGAAGGUCUUUGAGUAGAAAGCAAGCAAGAGAAAAGUUAGGGAAGCCUUAGAUUAAAACUAGAAACUUUUGGUUUAUUUAGGAUGUGAAGGCAAGCAUAUAUGCCCAUAUACACACACACACACACGCACUUGAGCAGAGCACUGUACGCUUCCUCCCCUAUAUGCACUUGGGACACUACUUUUUUCCACUCUUUUACAUUUCUUCAGGUACACAUUUCUUAGAUAGUACAAAGUGGGCUUCUGCUCAAGAAUCAUCUUUUGGUCUGCUGACCUCUGUCUUGUUUCAGCUCUGUUUAUUUCAUUCCUGUUGCUAUAUAUACCCUUGCCAUUUGAUUCUGUGGUGCAUUAGAAUUGGUUUGGUUUGGUUUCCAUCCUGCAAAUGAAGGGGCAUGGAAUUGCAACUGGAUUUGUCUAUCUGCUUCUGCUUUGCCUCCUGCAUUGUG